GAUAGGACAGGAAAAGCAGGGGGAGUCAUGGGGGAAGCGGGGUGAGCUUUAAAUACCAAUCCGAUGGGCUGGGAGCUGCAGCCUUGAAGUGACAGGAGACGCCUAGACUGCAACAGAGAGAAAGGCUGCGUCUGAGUGACUUCUCUCCUCGCCUCCUCCCUGCAAAAUGGAUUCUAAAAUGUGCAGAUUCCUUGUGGUCGGCGUUUUCCUCCUCAGCCUGAAGGCAGAUCCAACAGCAGCCUGUUCCUGUGCUCCUAGACAUCCUCAGUCUGCCUAUUGCAAUGCUGAUAUGGUGAUCAGAGGCAAAUUUGUGAGUGUCAGCAAGCAGCAUGUGAACGUUUCUGUGGGAGAACCUGUGUGGUGGAUACGCCAUGAAAUUAAAACAACCAAGGUAUACAAGGGCCCAGAAGAGAUGCAAGAUGUCCGCUUUCUCUACACUCCGGCUAUGGAAAGCCUCUGUGGUUAUGAACACAAGGGCCCACUCAAAGGGGAAGAAUAUGUCAUUGCAGGGAUGAUGGAUGGCAAUCGCGUCAUGAUCACAGCCUGUUCCUUCAUCCAGCCGUGGUCUCAGCUUUCUCUUGCGCAGAAAAGAGGCUUGAGUCUUGACUACAGCAAGGGCUGCAACUGCACAGUCAUGCCCUGCCUUUCCAUGCCAUGUUUCAUCUCUUCUGACAACCAGUGCCUAUGGACAGAUGGGAUCAUGUCCCGGAUAUGGGAUAGUCUUCAGGCCAAGCGCUUGGCAUGCCUGCCACGAUCUGAGAGCUCUAACUUCUGCACCUGGCAAUCCCUGAGUUCCCAAGGACCUGGGUCCCUUCGCAAGUCUCGCCUCCUGAGGCAGUAAACAUCUUAUGGACUCUGGAGUGGUACUCCUCUCCCUGACAAUCCCUCCGUUUCUGUCUGAAUUGUCUCUUUUUAAAUAAAUGCCAAUUCCAACAA